GAUUCUCCGAAUGGAUAAUGUAACCGUUUAGCUCUCUCUUCCUCUAUCUCUCUCUACACUUCCAUAAAUCGUACGGCCAUGAGCUUGGCUUCGAUUUCCUCGUCGCCGCCGGUGGCUUCGCCGUACUUCCGCUGCCGAACUUACAUCUUCUCCAUAUCUUCGUCACCUCUCUGUUUAUAUUUCCCGCGCGGUGACUCAACUUCUUCCCUCAGGCCACGAGUUCGCGCCUUGCGAACGGAAUCUGACGGUGCUAGGAUUGGUAACACGGAGUCUUACGGUUCGGAAUUGCUUCGUCGGCCGCGUAUUGCGUCUGAGGAAAGCUCUGUAGAGGAGGAAGAGGAGGAAGAGAGCGGCGAAGGAUGAUUCUUCACUCUGGAAAAUAUGCAAACCGAGAUAGGCUAAGCCCGGAGCACGAGAGAACAAUUGUUGAGAUGCUGCUUCCUUAUCACCCCGAGUUUGAGAAGAAGAUUGGAUGUGGAAUAGACUAUAUCAUGGUUGGGCAUCACCCAGAUUUUGAGAGCUCUCGGUGUAUGUUUAUAGUUCGAAAAGAUGGAGAAGUAGUUGACUUUUCGUAUUGGAAAUGCAUAAAAGGGCUAAUAAAAAAGAAGUAUCCUCUGUAUGCAGACAGUUUCAUCCUCAGACAUUUUCGCAAACGUAGGCAGAACAGAUGAAUGAAGCUUAUGUAGAUUC